AUGCCGGCUUCAGACGCUUCCCUUCCUGACAUGGACGUUUGGAGUGAAGAGGUCGAUCAGCUCGACCCAUACGAUGACAACGUUAACUCGAAUGUGGCAACCCAACAGCACAGCGUUUUCUCCUUCGAAGUAUCGGAGGCUAGUUUCAGGCUCGGGUCAAACUUUAUUCAGGUGGACGCUCGCAUCGAGUGGCACAACAAUGCACCGUUUUGGGUGCUCGCACUUCUUCCCUUCGCUCCCAUACUCAUCCACGCUCUUGUGCGAGGUGAGGGCAAUUCCGUUCUACCGGGGCUUGCAGUCUAA